AUAUUCAUGAUUCAAAGUGAAUACCUUAGGAUGUGCAUUUCCUCUGGCAAAAAUGGACUGGUUCUGCAGGACUGCCACCAGCCAACAAAGAAUAUGCUAUGGAAAUGGGUCUCGAAACGCCACCUCUUCAACUUAGGCAGCAGUUCCUGUCUGGGCUUGAACAUCAGGAACGAAGAACAGCCGCUAGGCCUGCAUGAAUGUGAUUCUCCACAUUCUUCCCUUUGGUGACACUGUAACAGAAAGCUGGUGGUUGGUGCUUCCCAGUACGCCCUGGGGAUCGAGAAUUACGACCUUGUUGUUGCCAGGAGGCAAUCAUCCCAUGAGUGGGUGCAAUACCUAUCAUACGGAGAUGGCAUUUGUGAGCAUCCAUUUCAAGAAUUAUAUACUAUUCAAGGAAAUUCACAAGGGAGACCUUGUGUUUUUCCAUUUCAGCACAACAACCAGUGGUUCUAUGAAUGCACUGAGGAGGGCAGGAAAGACAGACUUCUCUGGUGUGCCAUCACAAGUCACUAUGAGACAGAUCAAACAUUGGGAUUUUGCCCAGGUCCUGGUAAGUAUGGCUGUACAUUUUUGGGGGAGGAAGACCCAGACACAAACAUUUGUUAUCAAUUCAAUCUUUUCUCACUUCUCUCUUGGAAUGAGGCACGUCCUUCAUGUAAGAUGCAAGGAGGAGAUUUACUAAGUAUCACCCACGGGAAAGAAGAAAAUUUCAUAAGGAAAUUUCUUAUUAUUAAAGAAGUUACAAAAGUGUGGAUAGGCCUAAACCAACUGGAUGAAGUCCGCGGCUGGCAGUGGUCAGCUGGAACGCCCCUCGUAUAUUUAAAUUGGGAUCCAGAUGUAAAUUUUGACCCCUUUGUUCAGUAUCACUGCGGAACAUUCAAUUCACUGUUGUGGGAUAGCUGGCAAGAUCAUGACUGUGAAUCUCCAUUGCCUUAUGUUUGUAAAAAACAUUUAAACCAUACCAAACGUGAAUUACUUGAAGAAAAAAAUACCUGGAAAUAUUAUCCCACCCACUGUGAGCCACGCUGGCACCCUUAUAAUGGCAACUGCGACCGACUCCAGAAAGAAGAAAAGAACUGGAUGGCUGCUCUGCACUCUUGCCAGUCUAUUAAGAGCCAACUAAUAAAUAUGGCCUCAUUUGCAGAGGUGGAAUUCCUUGUAAAUCUUCUUAAAGAAGAAAAUGUUUCUGAAACUUGGAUUGGCUUGAGCAGCGGGAAGGGUCCGGUUUUCUUUAACUGGCCUGGUGGCUCCUCCGUUACCUUCACAUUAUGGUACAAACAACAGCCCAAUACUUUCCCAAAUGGAAGCAGACAAAACUCUAAAAUCAAUUCUGUCGUUUCUUUUUCCAAGGGUGGACGCUGGAAAGUCGGAAACCGUGAGGAAACAUUAUUUUACAUUUGCAAAAAUGCAGGGAAAGUGCUUUCUGAAACUAAAUCAGGAUGCCAGGAGGGAUGGGAAAGACAUGGUGGAUGUUGUUACAAAAUUGACCUUAUCCGUCAAAGUUUUGACCAGGCAUCCCAUGGCUAUUACUGUCCUCCUUCACUUGUAACAGUAACCAACAUGUUUGAACAGGCAUUUAUCACCAGUAUGAUCAGCAAUGUGGUAAAAACUGAGGAUGCACCAGUCAGCGUACACUGCCUGGGCACUUUUGGGCCAUCUCUGUGGUGUGGAUGGACAGGCAACAGUGACAGGAGUUCAUCUGUAGGCGACAGAGCAUGCACCAGCCACAAGUUAUUUGGCCACUUGUAUGCGCUGCCCAUAUGGACAGACCCUUGCCUAUGGGCAGAAGAAAGGCAGUUCUGGAUUGGAUUUAAUAAAAGAAAUCCAUUAUCAGGAGGAUCAUGGGAGUGGUCUGAUGGAACUCCAGUCAUCUCUUCAUUUUUAGAUGACAUGUAUAUUGAAGAAGAUGCUAGAAAUUGUGCCAUAUACCAAACAAAUAAAACUGUUUUGCCACUGUGCUGUGGUUCCAAGCGAGAAUGGAUAUGUAAACUACGAAAAGAUGUGAGACCGAUGAUUCCCAAAUGGUAUCAAUACGAUGGUCCAUGGUUAUUUCAUCACGGAACUAAAUACCUUUUCCACACCAGUGCUACUGAAUGGGCUAAUUUUGAGUUGGUCUGCCAGUUGCUCAACAGUAAUUUACUCACAAUUCAUUCGGCUGAGGAACAGGAAUUUAUCCAGAACAAAAUAAAAAUGCUAUCAAAAAGUGAUGUAAAUUGGUGGAUGGGACUGCACAAAAUGGGACCUAACAAUGGAUUCUGCCAGAAAGAUGGUUCACCAUUAAUAUACCAAAACUGGGACAUAGGAAGAGGAAGAUCUGGACAGAAUCCGAGACAGAGAUGUGGCUUCAUUUCAUCAGAAACAGGGCUUUGGGGUGAUGAAGAUUGCUCUGUUGCUAUGUCUAGCAUUUGUAAGCGUAAGAAAAUCUGGAUCACAGAGAAAGAUUUAUCAAAGCAACCACAUGGCCUAAGUCCCAAAGGAUGGCUGUAUUUUGGAUCUAAGUGUUUUCUGGUGGAAAUUCCGAAGGAUCCAAGCAAGCUGAAGAGUUGGAAGUCUGCUCAGGACUCCUGUGCUGAAGAAGACGGGGUUCUAGCAUCCAUUGAAAAUGAAGUAGAAUAAGCUUUCAUUACCAUGAAUCUUUUUGGACAGAAGGCUAAUGUUUCGAUAGGUUUACAGAACGGUGAUUAUGAAGAAUGGCUAAAUGGAAAGCAUGUAGCAUAUUCUAAUUGGUUGCCAGUUGACAUAAUAAAUAGUCAGAGUCAAAAUACUACCAAAUUACAAGAACAAGUUCAUCUCUGUGCUCUCUUAUCAAGUAACCCUAAUUUUCAUUUUAUGGGGAAAUGGUACUUAGAAGAUUGUGGAAAAGAAAAUUAUGGCUACAUCUGUGAAAAAAUGCAGGGUUUUAGUGGGGUUUUUGAGUUUGACCAAAUUGUUUAUAUUACUCUAGUGCUGACAUUUAACUGUGCUGAAAGUGAUAUCAUUGGCUUUACAAGCUUGGCUGAAACAACAUAUAACAUGGCAAACGUAAGGAAUGCAGCUCAGAAUGCAGCUCCACUCCAGAAUGAAAUACCCAGUAGCCUAUGGCUACUCACUUACCGUAACUCUGGAGACUUUCUGAUAGCAUCACAGCAACAGCUGGGGUUCACAUUGAAUCCAUGUCCUUCAGUUUCUAUUGCUCUUCAGCAACAGAAAAAGUCAUUGAGCACUAGUGUCCAGAGUGCAGAACUCAAGGGAGCACACUCGCUGAUUUACAAAGCCAACAGAAGGCUUCACGAAGCUUACAUGAUUCUUCUUUCUACCUUAUGGCCCAUCUUGGGCACUGGGAAACUCAUCCGCCAUGCUCUUGCUUCCCUAACCCUACGGUCUUCCUGCGGAUCGCCUCACGGGUGUGUUGGGAAGCGGGUCCCUGUCGCAAACACUCAGGCCUGCAAGGCUUUUCCGAGUCUUGAGUUGGGUUUCCGUCGCUGUGAGGGACCUGCUGAGUCCCGGAGAAGCCCGGGUUUCCCCAAAACGCUGCCCACAGGCCCCUCAGGCGCGCGUCCUGUCAUCUUAUUGCCUUCUCGUGGACGCGAGGGAUUCCCGCCCCCGCGGGGGGGGGGGAGGCGGAGCUCGACGCCUGAUUGGCCGGAGCCCCGCAGGGGGCGGAGCCCGGGCGGCCCCUCGGAGGUCAAAGGGGUUGGCGCGCGCCGGGGCUCGUGCAGUGGCUGCCCCGGGGGCGGGAUGGGGGCGCGCGCGUGCCGCUGGGCCCGGCUGCUGUGCGUCCUGGCCGCCUGCGGCUGCCGCCAGGGGGCGCCCUCCGAGCCCAAAGAAAAUGGUCCCUUUACCAUUCUCCAUGAAAACACCCACAAGUGCCUCCAAGUUAAGAAUGGAUGGGUGGUAUCAGUGGAGUGCACAAAGGCAAAUGAUCUGCUAUGGAAAUGGGUAUCUCAUUACCGCCUCUUUCACCUGGAAUCUCAGAAGUGCCUUGGACUGGAUAAUACCAAAGCGAAAGGUUAUGUGAAAAUGUUCACCUGUGACUCCAGUGUAAUGUUGUGGUGGAAGUGUGACCUGGGCUUUGUCCAUGGCGCUAACCAGCUCGGACUGAUUUUGAAGAAUGGGAUUCUGACCACGAGUGCCAGUUUAUCCGAUUCCUGGAAGAAAGGGGAUUCCGAUGAAAAUCUUUGUGACCGCCAUUACCUUGAAAUAUAUACUCAGAAUGGGAACUCGUACGGAAAACCUUGUGAAUUCCCAUUCUUGCAUAAUGGAAUAUGGCAUCAUGACUGCAUUGCUGGGGGUGAUCAAGAAGGCUUAUGGUGUGGCACAAGUAUAAAUUAUGAUGAUGACAGAGAAUGGGGAAUCUGUUUAAAACCAGAGAGUGGUUGUGAAGUUAACUGGGAAAAGAAUCCACAGCUUGGAAAUUGCUACCAGAUUAAUACCCAGACAGCUCUUUCAUGGAAAAAUGCUUAUCUCUCAUGUCAAAGUCAAGGAGCAGACUUGCUGAGCAUUGGCAGUGUUGCUGAAUUAAAUUACCUUGUGGAGAAGGAUAGCAUUCCUAGAGCUUUCUGGCUUGGCUUAAAUCAACUGGAUUCUUCUGGAGGCUGGGAAUGGUCUGAUCAUACUCCUUUAAAUUUUCUUAACUGGAGUCCAGAGAUGCCUGGUCCACCCACCGUAGGAAGUUCAAGUUGUGCAAAAAUGACUGCAAAAUCAAGAGAGUGGCAAAGUUUCCCAUGUGGUGCUGUACUUUCCUAUAUUUGCAAAAAGCCACUCAACAAUACACUGGAGUUACCAGAUGUUUGGACGUAUGUGGAAACACGCUGUGACUUGGAUUGGCUGCCCAGCAACGGAUUCUGCUAUCUGAUGGUAAACAAAAGUGAUUCCUGGGAUAAUGCAAAUGCAGGAUGCCAAGAGAAAGGCAGUAACCUAAUCAGCAUUCACUCCUUAGCAGAUGUUGAAUUUAUUAUUCAAAAGCUUCAUAAAGAUACCCAUGAAGAAAUCUGGACAGGCUUCAAGAGCAAGACCAUACCGACUGAAUUUCAGUGGUCAGAUGAUUCUGAAGUGACUUUUACUUACUGGGAUCAUAAUGAGCCAAAUAUUGCCUACAGUAGCACUCCAAACUGUGUUAGCUAUUCAGGAAAGUUAGGUAGGUGGAGAGUUCACCCCUGUGGAGAAAAACUUAAAUAUGGGUGCAAGAAAAAAGGAGAGAAUGUCAGUGAAACCCUAUAUGAUAAAGAAUGUCCUCAAGAGACGGGUUGGAAAAGACAUGGGGAGGCCUGUUACAAGAUUUAUGAAAACAAAGUUCCUUUUGGAACCAUUUGCAAUCUUACAAUAACCAGCAGAUUUGAGCAAGAAUAUUUAAACAGUAUAAUUAAAAAAUAUAGCAAAGCUGGAGGAAACUACUUUUGGACUGGCUUGAGAGAUGCAGACUCUCAAGGAGAGUAUAAUUGGGCAAAUGUAGGUAGAAGCCCAAAUGUAGCCUACGUAAACUGGAAUACUCUUCAACCAGCUUCACCAGGUGGAUGUGUGGCAAUGUCAAGUGGAGUGUCUCUUGGAAAAUGGGAGGUCAAAAACUGUGAAAGUUUCAGAGCACUUUCCAUUUGCAAGAAAAGAAUUGGGCCCCCAGAAAAAGAAACCCUUAUUAAUGUUGAUGCUCCCUGCCCUGAUGGCUGGAAAGGUUUUCCCUCAAGUCAUUCUUGCUACAGGUUUUUUCACAAGAAUAGAAUCCUGAAAAAAAGGACAUGGGAAGAAGCUGAAGAAUUCUGCCAAGCUCUGGGGGCACAUCUUCCUAGCUUCACCCACAGUGAGGAAAUAAAGGCAUUUCACAAGCUCCUACAAGCUCAGCUGAGUGCCUCACGUUGGAUAUGGAUAGGAUUGAAUCAGAGGAGUCCUGAUUACCAGGGAUCCUGGCAGUGGAGUGACAAUUCACCUAUGUCUUCAUUUGUUAUCCCUCCUGAGUUCCAAGAAAAUUAUGAUGUCAGAGAUUGUGCUGCCUUCAUGGUUGGUUACCGAGAGGUCAGGCAUCCGAUCUUUGUCUGGGCUCACUUUGUAGAAGAGUUGGGCCUUCUGUUGAAACCUUUUGCUUGUGACAUAAAGCUUGAAUGGGCAUGCCAAAUACCCAAAGGCCAAAUGCCAGAGACGCCAGUUUGGUUUGUUCCAGGUAGUGGAAGAAUUAAUGGACGACCUGUUCUUACUAUUGAAGAAACGGAGUACUGGUUUGUUGUUGAACCUCGCUUAAACUUUGAAGAAGCGUUAAUAUAUUGUACUAGAAAUGAAAGUUCCCUUGCUUCUUUCAACUCUUUUGCGGAUAUGCAAGCCAUCAGACGUGAAAUACAAAAUAUUUCUGGGGAUGAACAGAAAUGGUGGGCACAACUUUCCUUUAAAUCACCUUAUUCAUACUUUCAUUCGAUAUAUAACUAUCAUGAUGAUUAUGAGGAUGGAUGUUGGUACAUCACUUCAAGAUCAUAUAGAGAUUAUCAUAAAAAAAUCAACUGUGGUACCCAGCUGCCUUUCAUAUGUGAAAAAACAAAUGCAUCUCUGUUGGAAAAAUACAUCCCAGGACCUGAAGCUAAAAAGCCAUGCCCUGCAAAAUGGAGCCCAUUUAAAAACAAGUGCUUUCUUAAGGUGAAGAACCAGAACUUGACAUACGCGAAAGCAAACGAUAUUUGUACUUCCUAUGGUGGGACUCUUCCUUCAGUCCUGAGCCAGAGUGAACAAGACUUUAUUACACUGCUACUUCCUGACCUAGAGCAAAAGUUUUGGAUUGGUCUGAAAGAUUAUAGGCCUAGGAUGAGACAGAAAUGGAUCGAUGGACAGGAGCUCAACUAUAAAAACUUCCACCCGUUAUUGAAGGGCAGAGAGCACACUAUACCAUUUUUUCUUGACCUAUGUACUGUAAUGCUGAAUCUUGGGGAUUCACCUUUUACUGGGACUUGGAAUUUCACUGAAUGUAGUACAGUGCACACACUCUCCCUGUGUCAGAGGUAUUCAGAGGUUCAAGACAACCAGACCCAGAAGAAUGUUUCAGAAACUAUGAAAUUUCAAGAUCAUCUAUAUAAAGUAAUCCUGAAGAAUUUGAGCUGGUAUGAUGCUCAAGAGGAGUGCCUCAGUGAUAACAUGCAGCUAGUUAGCAUCACAGAUCCCUAUCAGCAGGCUUUUCUCUCAGUGCAGGCUGCCCUUCUUAGCUCCCCUCUGUGGAUUGGACUCUACAGCAUAAAUAGUAAUCUUGACUUUAGGUGGUCAGAUGGAAAGCAUGUGGAUUUCAGUCGCUGGUUUGAAGAUAGUGACCAAUUGCUUGAUGACUGUGCAAUUUUGGACCCUGGAGGAUUCUGGAAAACCUCUGACUGUGAAAGUGAACAGCCUGGUGCUAUCUGCUACUUUCCAGGAAAAAAUGAAGAAAAAGUGAAGCAAGUUGAAACGGUUAGAUGUCCACGUGCUGUCUUAAAUACCCCUUGGAUACCUUUUCGGAACAGUUGUUACAGUUUCAUGAUUGCACAGGAUAGAUAUAUUGAACAAACUACUGCUCAAAUGCACAUUAAAUGCCAAAAAAUGAACCCAAGUGCACACGUUCUGAGCAUUCGAGACGAACACGAGAAUUCCUUUGUCCAGAAACAACUUCAAACUUUCCACUCUCUUGCUUUAUGGGUAGUGUUGGGUGCAACUUAUUAUAAUAAUUCUCUAAUAUGGUCUGAUAUGACUAGGAUGACCUACACAAACUGGCAAGCGGGGAGGCCGACUGUAAAAAACAACAGGUUUUUGGCUGGCUUGAAUCUUGAUGGUUUAUGGGAUAUUUUCCCUUAUGACAGAGACAUCCUUUAUUUUCAUCAACAUAGCAUUCAAGCAUGUAAAAUUGAAAUGGGUGAUGCCAGAGAAGAAUUCAAUUAUACUCUGCCGCAACUAAUACCGUAUGGUGACUCUACGUAUAAUGUUGUUGCAAAAAAACUAUCAUGGUACAAAGCUUUGCAAAUAUGCCAACAAAAUGGAGGAGACUUGGCAAGUGUGCAUGAUAAAAAUGGGAGUCUCUUUCUAGAAGAUAUUGUAAGACGUGAUGGGUUUCCGCUGUGGGUUGGACUUUCAAAUCACGAUGGAACUGGAUCCAAUUUUGAAUGGUCUGAUGGGAGUGCGUUUGACUACAUCCCAUGGAAAAAUAAGCUCCAUCCUGGAAACUGUAUUUCUCUGGAUCCUAAAGGAAUAUGGAAAUGUGAAAAUUGUGAUUCCAUUAUGGAUGGUGCUAUCUGUUAUCGAAAGUCUCCCAAAACUAAACAGGCACAAGAGCUCACACCUGAUUCUGGAUGCUCAAAGACUAAAGAGAGCCAAUGGUUUCGCUAUAAAGAGCAUUGUUAUACAUUUGACAAAGCUUUGCAUGGGUUCUCAGAAGCUAAAAUGUUCUGCCAAAACAUUGAUCCUCAAGCCACCAUUGUUUCUAUAGAGGAUGAAGAUGAGAAUAAAUUUGUCAGCAAGCUGAUCAGGGAAAACAAAAACAUCACUAUGAGAGUGUGGCUUGGGUUAUCACGACACUCUUCUGAUCGGUCUUGGCGUUGGUUGGAUGGUUCCGUGGCCCAGUAUGUGAAAUGGCAAAAGAAAACCACCAGUGCUGGUGGAAACUGUAGCAUUCUUCUGGCCACAAGUGAAGCUUGGAAUAAAGUUGAAUGUGAUCAAGGGUAUGGAAGAGUGGUUUGUAAAAAAUCCGUGGGAACUACCUUCAUAGGAGUGGCUGUAGCAUUUGUGGUGAUAACUCUUCUAGCACUCAUGGGAGGACUGAUUUGGUACCUCUACAAAAAAAAUCACCUGCACUGGACUGGCUUCACUUCAGUGCGCUAUGAGCCGGGCGGGAAUGAAGAUGAUACUGAAGUGUUUACGUCGUUCAAUGACUGAGUGUUUCUAAAAGUUGUCCCAAUAGAGAAGAAAUGCGUUAGUUAAAAGUUCCAAGAACAAAGCCAUGAAGCACAAGACUGAUCCAAGAGCCUUAGCAAUCUUGACUAUUCUUGUUGUGAUUUGCUGCCUGUUUAUAAGAGCUGAGAAGAUGGUGUGUUCUACUCUCUGAUCGUAAGAAAUUAUUUUAAAAUUGAAACUGCAAGAUUUACAAAUUACUACUCAUUUAAUGGUAGAGGACUCUUGAAUGCUUUACUGUGAACUUUAUAACAUCACCUCCAUUCCUUCCUGAGAUAACCAAUGGAUGUGCUUAUUUUGUAUAAACUUUUAACUCCUGAAUUUAUAUUUGCACUAUUAAAAAAUUUUUGUAUACAUUCUGAAGAUAAAACUUAAUUUUAAUCUUACUCCCAGGACCCUUGAAUUGUGAAACUAUACAAAUUUGCCUUUUUAAAAAUAUUUCACCAAUGUCUUCCAGUACCUUUAAUGGAAUAAUCACUACAGUACCUUUAAUCUACCAGACUCCUUUCCUUGUCAUGUGAACUGAACUAUAUGACGUCUUAACUUAUUUUUCAAAGACCUAGGGCCAAUUUACUGUUUUAGGGAGUGCAGAUAUUUAAAACAGAGUACUUUAAUAAAGAGGU